AUGGACGCUCCUACGAUCCAGCCAAAUUUUCUGAAGGCAGGCAAUGAGCUCGGUCUGGUAGCUGUGGGAUUUUCGGGAGGGCAGUGCAAGCCAGGCGUCGACGCUGCGCCCAUGGCUCUGAUAGAAUCAGGCCUGGUCGACCAGCUCAAGGAUGACCUCGCAUACAACGUCCACUACGACAACAAAGUCCACGCGUAUGGCGACCUGAUCCCACACGACGACCCAGACCACCGCAACAUGAAGAAGCCAAAGGCCGUCAGUACGGUGACGAAGCAGCUUAGCAGUCAGGUCUACGAGCACGCGAAGGAGGGGCGGUUCGUGCUCACACUUGGUGGUGAUCACUCUAUCGCCAUCGGCACCAUCUCAGGUACCGCGAAGGCAAUGCGCGAGAGGUUGGGCCGGGAGAUGGCGGUGAUCUGGGUGGAUGCGCACGCGGACAUCAACACACCAGAGACAAGUGACAGCGGCAACAUUCACGGCAUGCCGGUUGCGUUCCUCACGGGUCUUGCCUCAGAGAAGGCCGACGCACCUUUCGGCUGGAUCCAGGACAAUCAGCGCAUCAGUCUCAAGAAGUUGGUCUACAUAGGUCUGCGUGACGUUGAUCGAGGCGAGAAGCAGAUUCUCCGCGAGCAUGGCAUCAAGGCAUUCAGUAUGCACGACGUCGAUCGUCACGGCAUUGGCAAGGUGAUGGAUAUGGCUUUGGGAUGGAUCGGUAGUGAUACGCCUAUCCAUCUCUCCUUCGACAUUGAUGCGCUGGAUCCUAUGUGGGCACCUUCGACCGGCACGGCUGUUCGUGGCGGCCUGACGCUGCGCGAGGGCGACUUCAUCGCGGAGUGCGUGCACGAGACUGGCAGCCUUGUUGCGCUCGAUCUGGUUGAGGUGAAUCCAAGCCUGGAGGAGAAGGGCGCUGCCGAUACGGUGCGCGCUGGAGUGUCCAUCGUGCGUUGCGCGCUUGGCGAUACGCUGCUUUGA